CCGAGCGUCUGCGAGCGCAGAGGCAUCAAAAGAGAGCACUUUCAAAAAUCACGGCUGCUAUGGCUCCGCCACGACGCGUCAGCGCCCUGGCGGCCCUCGUCGCGAGCACGGGCGCCCUCCAAGCACCUUUCCUCGGCAAUCCGGCAAUGCAGUUCGGAAACGCGCCCGCGCUGCCGGUCAUUUGGGAGCGGCCCGUGAGCCGCCCGACGCGGAGGACGCUGCGGAGCCGCGUGACGGAGUUCUGCGCCCGCGGCUGGCUGCGCGAGCAGGUCGCGCGCGGGCGCCUCGCCUACGAAAACCCCACCAUCGAGUCGGCGGCGCCCGCACGCUGCGGCUUCGCGGGAGCUGCCAAAGAGCAGGACGAUGUGGUUGGCGUGAAGAAGAGCUGCGCGGAAGUCAUCAACAUCAAGGCGAACGACGUGCAGUGGCUCGGCUACCAGCGGGACGAGCGCGGCGCGAAGUUGAGACUAAGGAAUUUGGAAGCGGAACUGACGAACUUACAUAGACGUGUUUUGACUCGUGGACGCCGAGGCUCCGUGCGCGCGACGCUGACGCUGCGAGGUACCGAUGUGGAUGGAAGCAUCUGGCUCCGCAACCUCGUCGAUUGCAUCGCGACACGGUUACUAAGAGAAGUCGUCGGCGAGGAGGCCGACGCCGGUAUUGAUUUUGAGACCACAAUAACCAAGGACCGGCUGACGGGGGCGCCCCGCCUGCGGUUGGACGGUGCCACGAAGAGCAACGUCGGCUUCUCGGCCUCAUUUUUAUUGAGAGCUGAGGACGGCGCGCUGACGCUGCGGAGCCCCGAGGUGGAAUUGUCGGGACGGCCGACCUUCCAGAUGCGUCGGGGCGGCGUGGUCGUCCCCGCCGCCAUCCUCGAGGAUCUCGGCAAGUUGUAUCUGUCCACGGUGGCUGUUGAUGCUAGCGCAAGGUCGGGCGCGGCGUUCGCCGUCGUCGACGCCAAGGUCUCGCCGGACGACGACGGCGCCGUCGUCGUGAGCGUCGUGUCGUCGGACGCGACGCGCGCGGCGAUGCAGCGCAUCGCCCGGCGCAACGCGGUGGUCCUGGACACGGAACAGAAAACGAGCGAGUGGCGCGUCAACUUUAAGAGCAUGCUCGACGGCGCGCGCAAGCACCCGCUGCGGCGGACCUUCGUCGUCGGCGAGGGCCUGCCCUGGAUAUUGAAUCCCCGGGCCAGUCAACCGCCUGUGACGGCCUUCGCGACGUUCACGCUCCUGUCGUGGGCCUUUGCCCUCGCGGCGGUGCCGGACACGAUCGUGCGGUCCUUCGUCGGCUUCGCGCGGCGGAUUCGACUCGCCUUCGUGCGGCCGCGGCGGUCACGUGCUCGGCUGUCGAGGGGCUACUAUCCGGCGUAAUACCUGUUUGUU